AUGUCCACCGUCACAGCGACUGCGAUGCAGAGCUCCAAGCCACCUAUAAUCCCCAAAUCCUUCGACGCCAAUCAACCACAAACAAUCCGUCUCUACCCACUCUCCAACUACACAUUCGGCACAAAAGAGAAUCAACCAGAAGAAGACCCUUCUGUGCUGGCGCGUCUGAAACGUCUUGAAGAACAUUACGAUUUAUAUGGGAUGCGUCGGACAUGUGAGGGGGUGCUGGUUUGUCAUGAGCAUAAUCAUCCGCAUGUGUUGAUGUUGCAGAUUGCGAAUGCGUUUUUUAAAUUGCCAGGAGAUUACCUGCACCACGACGACGACGAAAUAGCUGGCUUCAAAACCCGCUUGAACGAACGCCUGGCCCCCGUCGGCUCGCAAUUCAGUGGCGAAGGCGUCAACGAAGAUUGGGAAGUAGGCGAUACGCUGGCGCAAUGGUGGCGGCCCAAUUUUGAGACUUUUAUGUACCCGUUUCUACCGGGCCAUGUUACGCGUCCCAAGGAGUGUAAGAAGUUGUAUUUGAUUCAGCUUCCGAAAAAGAAGGUGUUGAGCGUGCCUAAAAACAUGAAACUCCUCGCCGUGCCCCUCUUUGAGCUGUACGACAACACGGCCAGAUAUGGCCCUCAGUUAUCCGCUAUUCCGCACUUGUUGUCGCGUUACAAUUUCGAGUUUGUGGAUGAGAAUGAUAAUGUUGUUGCGGUGACACCGGGGACGCCUCAUCCAGGCAUUGAUGAGCUCAAGACCAAGGUUUUGGCGGGUGGUGCCGGCAUCGGCGCGAAUGCGGAGGGUGAGGAUACGGGCAUGGAGGAUGCGGCGGAGGCUAAGCAGGAGGGGGAUCAGAUUUCGUGA